AUGCCGUCCCAAAGUGACCAGCCAGGGGUGCUCAUCGAGGACCACCACUCUACCGCGCCCGAUUCCCUCAUCUCGUUGCUCCAGGCCCACCUCCCCAAGUCGCUCUCCCUGCUGCGGCGGCUCCGGUUCGCGCGGGCCCAUCCCAGCCCGACGUCGCACAUCCUCGUUGCCACAAGCGGCAGCGGCGGGAUGGGCCGCCACCACUUUGCCGCCGCGUACGUCGACGUCUUCAAGGCGCCCGAGACGCAGGUCUGGGUCUAUUCGACUCUGGAAGACUCGAUCCCAGACGGCGACGACGACGACAACGACGAAGACGAUGACAGGGAAGACGACACCAACGCCGCCGCCGCCGCCCUGCCCUCCGGCCCCGACGUGGACGCCUGCGUCGGGCAG